GUGUAUCAUAUACUGUGUAUCAGCACCAAAAUAUGGACUUAAGAUGGAAUAUAAAUGGGACUGCUGUUGAAUUGCAUUAAACUGCAUGACAUUGUGGUAGAUACUAAGUGAUGGACAGGAUAGUGUUAGUUUGUUUAAUUAUUACUCACACUGUCACUGGACUAUUUUUAGAUAUGUAACGAAGUCUGUGGAAGAUCUAUGAGGUUCCUUUUAUUUCUGCAAAGUCAUGAACAUGCUAGCUGUACUUCCUUUUUCACAUUUCCACACACAGAGUGAGAACAGCUUUUCAAAAGAUGCUGAUCAGUAGCAGGAGCCAUUUCUGACUGUUAACUGCUGGACAAAUUUGCAUAUCAAAUAUACUGAACAGUGAGGAGACAUGGAAGCUGUGCUGGGAUUGAUGGUGAUCCUACUGGGAGUGUCUCACGGAACUCACACGCAGUCAGAGUGUGAGACCGGGCAGUUUCAAUGCAAGAGCGGAGCGUGCAUCCCGAUCAUGUGGAGAUGUGAUGGAGAUGAUGACUGCCCCGACAGCAGCGAUGAGGAGAAUUGUCGAACUCACACACAGUCAGAGUGUGAGACCGGGCAGUUUCAAUGCAAGAGCGGAGCGUGCAUCCGGAUCCUGUGGAGAUGUGAUGGAGAUGAUGACUGCCCCGACAGCAGCGAUGAGGAGAAUUGUCGAACUCACACACAGUCAGAGUGUGAGACCGGGCAGUUUCAAUGCAAGAGCGGAGCGUGCAUCCCGAUCAUGUGGAGAUGUGAUGGAGAUGAUGACUGCCCCGACAGCAGCGAUGAGGAGAAUUGUCUUGCAGGUGUGGAAACUCACUUUGAUCGCAGACAGGAUGGAGCUCAGUGUUAUGGAGCUUUGGGAGGAACUGUGGACAUCCAGCUGAUGGACAGCACCUCAGAAAUACCUAGAUACCAACUGUUAAAGAAUUCAUUACGAAUACUAGAUGUGAGGAGGAAUAAGGUUAUUUCUAAUACCCUAGUACAUAGAUCUCACUUUUUCCCCAGUAAUGGAACAUUUAGGAUCAAUAACCUGAGAAGGAAUGACAGUGGUAAUUAUACCCUUCAAACCUUUAAUUCAGAUGGAUAUUCAUCAGGCGAGCGGACUUUACAGUUGUUCAUUCAAGCUCCUGUGUCCUCUGUCCUGCUGGUCUCUGAGUGUCUGUCCCAGGGAGAGAGGAGGGUGUCCUGCUCCUCUGAGGGAGGGGGCAGUCCUCAGUACAGCUGGACUCUGGAUGGACGCACACUGACAGAUGCUGAGCUCCUUUCUGGAAAUAAUGAGAGUAACAUCAUAACUCUGAAACAGCACGUCUCAGGACGUCUGGUCUGCUCAGUCAGGAACAAUGUCAGUAAUGUCUACAAAGAACAGAGGAUAUCUACCUGUGAAGCAGGUAUUUUGCAAGUGAUCGGUGGUGUUCUCUUAGCACUGGUCAUUUUAUUAGUUGUGGGUAUAGGAAUCAUCUUUAAUCAGAGGAAAAAACAAAACUACAAACCUACAAAAGAAAAAGACGGAGAGGAUGACCGAGUGGAGCUAAGAGCAGCAGUGAAGUUGGAGGCCGAGGUUGAGCUGGAGUUCGAGGUCGAGAUUGAGAGCGAGGAUGAAGAUGAGGGUGAGGGCGAGGGUGAGGCACAGGCAGAGAAAAAGGUGGAAGUGGAGUAUGCCCAGGUCAAGUUUCCAAAGCAACCUCGACACACUCAACCAACAGGAAAUAAUUAUUUAUAUGCAACGGUCCGUAAAAUGAGGUGAUUUAAAUGGUCAGUGUCUUUACACAGACUGCACUACUGAAGGUCCACAUCAGGAGGUGACAUCAAGACACCUAAAGACACUUUUAAUUAUCAGGCAAAUGCACAAAGCUCAGCUGAUUAAAACAGAGCAUCAAUGCAUCCAGUUUUAGGUUCCUUCCAUGUUUAAUUACAAGCAAUAUGUGCGUUCUCUGCAUUUGCAUUCUGUUGAAGCUCUGAUAGAAUAAAGGUCAUGAUUGUA